CCGACAUAGCGACAGCCUAAUAUUCCCAAUGACAUCCUUCGUUACAAAUCUCUGGGAGUCGAUCUUCACUCCGGGGCCGACUCCCACCCUCCUUAUUGCGACAAACGUCACAUUUGCCGCUCUGCAAAUUGUCCUGGCGUGCCUCCUCUUUGCGACAUGGAGUAUCCACUUUGUUGUUCUCUCGGCUCUCUGCGGUGGACUUUGGGGAUCCAUCAACUGGUUCGCGGCGGAAUUGAAGGUGCACCAAAUCCAAGAAGAGGAAAAGGCGAGAAGAGCCAAAGAAGCGGCGCCAACCCCAGUCACAUCGGAAGACAGCGAAACAGAAGUGGAGGCAGCUACAUCGACAGCUAGCCUCACGAGGCAGGAGUCAAUUGCAGAGGCGGUCAGCCAUGAGGUUGAGCCUAUCCAGCAGAUCGGAGAACUGAAGCACAGAGUGGUUGAGGAGACAUCGAGCCUGGGCACUAAGAGCGGCGUCAGCACGGAAGAUGAGUGGGAGAAGGUUUCGGAGAACGAGAACGAGAAGGACAAGUGAAUAUCCCGGCGAUUGAGCGGGGAAUGACCACACG